UUAAAAGGUCAAAAUCUUUGAAUCCUUUCACUAUUCUCGCCGCCGUCUUCUCCUCUCGUUUUUCCAUUUUUUUUCUUUCCCUUACUAUAUAUAUAACCAUCAUCAAACCUUCAUUCAAAUCUUAAUUAAAAUACAAACAUUCGAAGCUUAACAACAAUGGCGAGUUCAGGACAAGUAUCGUUUAAAUUAGAGGACCACCCAAAGCUUCCAAAGGGAAAACGUAUCGCCGUCGUGGUCCUCGAUGGUUGGGGCGAAUAUAAACCCGAUCAAUACAAUUGUAUCCAUGUUGCUCAAACGCCCACCAUGGAUUCCCUCAAACAGGGUGCCCCGGACAGAUGGAGAUUAAUCCGAGCUCAUGGAAAUGCUGUAGGGCUUCCGACAGAGGAUGACAUGGGAAACAGUGAAGUGGGUCACAAUGCUCUCGGUGCAGGCCGCAUUUUCGCUCAAGGGGCUAAGCUUGUUGAUCUUGCUCUUGCCUCGGGGAAGAUCUAUGAUGGUGAAGGAUUUAAGUAUAUAAGUGAAUCUUUUGAGAAGGGUACCCUUCACUUGAUCGGAUUACUUAGCGAUGGAGGUGUUCACUCCCGUCUCGAUCAAUUGCAGUUGUUGCUGAAGGGAGCUAGUGAGCGUGGUGCUAAAAGAAUCCGUGUUCAUGUUCUCACUGAUGGUCGUGAUGUUUUGGAUGGUUCGAGUGUAGGCUUUGUGGAGACUCUGGAGAAUGACCUUGCAAAGUUACGUGAAAAAGGUGUAGAUGCCCGCAUCGCAUCUGGUGGUGGCCGUAUGUAUGUCACAAUGGACCGUUAUGAGAAUGAUUGGGAUGUUGUUAAAAGAGGAUGGGACGCUCAAGUUCUCGGUGAAGCCCCACACAAGUUUAAGAAUGCCGUUGAAGCUGUAAAGAAACUGAGAGAAAAUGCCAAUGACCAGUAUUUACCUCCCUUUGUCAUUGUUGAUGAUAACAACAAGGCUGUGGGUCCGAUAGUAGAUGGUGAUGCUGUUGUUACCAUUAACUUCCGAGCAGAUCGAAUGGUUAUGCUUGCUAAGGCACUUGAAUAUCAAGAUUUCAACAAAUUUGAUCGUGUACGGGUCCCUAAAAUCCGUUAUGCUGGAAUGCUUCAGUAUGAUGGCGAGUUGAAGCUUCCGAGCCGCUACCUUGUUUCUCCUCCAGAGAUUGAUAGAACAUCGGGUGAAUAUUUGGUGCAUAAUGGUGUCCGUACUUUUGCCUGCAGUGAGACUGUCAAAUUUGGCCAUGUCACUUUCUUCUGGAAUGGGAAUCGCUCCGGGUAUUUCAAUCCUCAAAUGGAAGAAUAUGUGGAAAUCCCGAGCGAUGUUGGCAUUACGUUCAAUGUUCAACCUAAGAUGAAGGCAUUGGAGAUCGGUGAAAAGGCUAGGGAUGCUAUUCUGAGUGGGAAAUUUGACCAGGUACGUGUGAACAUACCAAAUGGUGACAUGGUGGGUCAUACCGGAGAUAUCGAGGCUACGGUUGUGGCAUGCAAGGCUGCCGAUGAAGCUGUCGAGAUGAUCCUCGAUGCGAUAGAGCAAGUUGGCGGAAUAUACAUUGUGACUGCAGACCACGGUAACGCCGAGGACAUGGUGAAGAGAAAUAAAUCCGGGGAACCUCUUCUCGACAAGAAUGGAGAUCUCCAGAUACUCACCUCCCACACUUGUCAACCUGUGCCUAUUGCGAUCGGAGGUCCAGGAUUGGCACCUGGUGUUAGAUUCCGGAGCGAUGUUCCGAAUGGUGGACUUGCAAACGUGGCUGCAACCGUCAUGAAUCUCCAUGGUUUCGUAGCUCCGAAUGACUACGAGACAACACUCAUCGAAGUGGCUGACAACUAGGCUCGCUGAUAGAACAUUGCCUCGAUUUUUAUAUAUUUGCUCUGUUCCUAUACCCAAACAUUAAUUUAGAAUAAGGUUCAAAAUGUUAUAUUUUUGUUCUUUUUUUGGCCAAAAAACGUUAUAUUUUUGUUAGACAAUUGUGGUUGAAGUGUUUUUCCAGGAAAACUUUGGGCUUCAUUGCCCCUUUUUCUUUAAAUUUGACCUCAUAAUUUUCCCUUUUAAUGGGGCCAUUUUCUGAUGUUUGCUGAGGGUCGGCCUUGAUCGGUUCGUAGACAAUGUUAUUGUAAUGUAAUGCUUUGCAGACACUGCGUGUAUUGAGUUUUUUCCCCAACUAUAAUUCUAUGAAAUUAAAAGUAUUUUAUUAUCUUUA